GCCACCUGUCGCCCUGCGGGCGCAUGCCCGCUGGAUCCGCCCGCUGGAGCUCGCCAAUCUGGUUGGCGCCGCGAAGGCGCAGGGUUCCAAGAGGGCUCGUGGUGUCGACGGCCCAGGCCGAACGGGCUGCGACGAGCUGAUGUGCGCGUUCGCGAUGCGCGAGGAGCAUUGCUGCUGGCCGCGCCAGCUCUGGGGCGUGAGUGGGGGAGCUCUCCCCGAGGAGCUGGGCGGCGAGCGCGUCGUCGGCAUGCCGCCGCUGGCGCCGAGGGCUUGGUCCGGGGCCUGCGCCGCUGCGACGUCGACGCGGUCGUUGGAUUUCGAGGCCCUCCGGGGCUCAGCUGCCCGCGGCUCGAGCGCCCUGCCCGCGGCCAUGGUGCGCGGUCUCCUCGGCGAGUCGGGGGUGGAGCUGGAGGUGGCCGCCGCCGCGCUCGACCUGGGCGCCGGGGCUCUCUGCGACGCGGUGUCGCCAGUUAAUCUGAUGGGGAUUGCAGAGAACUUCAGCUACUCAGCUGUGGUUGUCGCUCUGGAGGUCCAGAUGUCCCUGGCCCGGCGUUCCCUGGGGGGCGGUCAGUGCGGCGUCUCCGCGGCGGCGCGGUCGGCGCAUUCCGUGGUGGCGGUGCCCGUGGGCGGCCCUCUGAGUUUCAUCGACGACGCCGUGGCGCGGUUCGAAGGGCCCAUUGCUGCCGUCGGCGCGGGGCCCCCUCGCGCGGCGAAUAUCAUCGCGCGCGGGCUCGACCAGUUGGGGCUCGUCUGUUUUGCCCGCGACUUGUCCGAGGAGCUGGCCGAGUUCGGCCUCCCGCGCAAGGGGGCGCAUGCCGCC